CUUGGACUGUCUCGUCUCUCAGAGUUAGCAAUGGUAAGAAGAUCCAAACAGUCCUUCACAAGGGAGCAGCAUUAAGUAACAACCUAAGGGAAGGCGGAAGGAAACCAAGCCAAGGACACAUGGUUUGCUAUUGUAUCGCCUGUAGCGUCUCAUUAUCAUGGGAUGGGCUUAUCAAAGUCCCUGAAACCCACGAGGGUCCCUGGUGUGUCUCCUUGUAGAGCGGAAAAACAGACCUAACCAGCGGCCUGGGUGAAUUAUGUUAGGUAAAAAUGUAUUUGCUACUUUUAAAAACAAUUUUCAGACUUCAAGUCUGAACUUGUAGCUACUCUUUUUUUUUCUGAAAAACUGUUUUUGACGUUAAAAAAGUGCAGAGGAAUGCUCGGGAAAGAAAACUCCGUGUCAUACCAAGAGUUCAGUGAAGAUGGCAACGAUCAAGGUAACACUCAGUCUCCAGACUUUUUUGAAAAGUCCACAGAAGACCUGGAGCGUGAGGAACCCAACGACAGCAUCUUGCAAGAGGAUGACCUCAGGGAGAACAGUCCAUCCAUGAGAUUCAGUAAAACCUGCCUGAAGAAUGUCUUCACGGUGGUGCUCAUCUUCAUCUACCUGUUGCUGACUGCCGUGGCGGUGUUUCUGGCCUACCAGACUAUCUCUGACUUUUUUGACAAACUCAACCACCCUGUCAUGUCUGUCACCUACAAAGAGGUUGAUUCGUUUUCACCCCCUGGUAUCGCCCUGUACCCUGGCAAAGCUCAGCUGCUGAGCUGCAUACAUCACUACCAUGACUACAUCCCACCUUUAGUGGACCCAGGCAAGCCUGAAGAAGGCGACUGUGUGAUUGAGACAGUGACUUACUUUGGACCAUUUACCGGACAAACAGAGAAAAGAGCCCUGGUGGUCCGUGGCCCAUCUGAUGUCAGAAUGAAAGAGUUGAUCUUCAUGCAGUUCAGCUGUAAUGAAACUGAAGAAGACUUCAGUGCCAUCACCUACAUGCUUUUUGCCAGGUUUAGUGAUUUGACUAACAGUGCAAAUAAAUCAGAGUUCAUGAGGGACUGUGAGAGGAAUUACUCCAUGUGGACCUUCUCUGGAGGAUUCAGAACCUGGGUGAAGAUGUCCUUACUGAGGACAUCUGGGAAAAGCAAUGAAGCUGUUGAGUUUCGGCAAGAGUCUGCUGUGGUGAAAUUUAAUGACAAAAGGCCUGAAUCAGAAAAAAGCAACAAGCUCUUCUUUGCUGUAUUUGAAUGGCGGGAUCCUUUUAUUCAAGAAAUCAGACUGAUUGUGACUGCAAAUCCCUGGAACUCCAUAGCCAUUCUCUGUGGCGUCUUCAUGGCUCUCUUCAAGGCUGCUAAUUUCGCCAAACUCACUGUUAAGUGGAUAAUUAAGAUGCGUAAGAGACAUUUAAGAAAUAAAGCAAGGGAACUGAAUCAAAUCAGCUGACACACUAAAUGCACAGGUGGCACAAUCUGAUGUGAUCCAAGUAACCAGGGCUUGAACCAUUUGGUAAUCAUCUGUAAAGGUCAUUGACACCAACAGAUGUUUAUCUAUAAAAUGAGUAUUUCAGAGGUGAUGCAUAAAUAUUCCUGCAAAUGCAGUUUUGUGUUCACAUAAAAGCAAAUGUUGCUGAAGGUUUGGGUGCCAAAGCUUUACAAGUGACAAAAUUGGAACCUUGGUCAAAACAUUGCUGGAUUUUGGAUUUGUUCUCAUAUUGAUAAUAUUAUUUUAAAGGGGGAAUUUUAAUUUUAUUUGUGCGCAUUACUUUUUAAAGCACUGCUGGUCAAGAUCUUGUUUGUAAUGAAGCAUUAGCAUGAAAAUGUAGCAAAAUAAAGUUUAUAGUUGCUUUACCCAUUUGAUAGUUAUUUCUAAAGGGAUUAGAAAAUACCUUUCUUGCAUCAGACUGUUUUGCUGUUCAUUUUUGUAGAGUUGGAAACAAAUUUGUGUCCGAGCACUGUUGUUUUUCUUCACUUUACCAUAAUGUAUUGUAAAAAUGUGUCGGUGUAUUCACUGUUAAAAUGUACCUGAAUUAAUGUCUGAAUUGUGUUGUUGUUCAGUACUGUAUCUUACAUGCUGUUUUUAGAGAUUUUGAAAUAUGAUGUAAACAUAUAUUUUUAUUUCUGAAUUUUAUCAUUUGUGGUGAAAAACUAUCCAAAUAUCUGAGUUUCUCACAGCCUGACUGACGCAUAAUUUGACAAAAUAUAGAUAAGUAAUGUUUUGGAUUUAUUAAUUCUAGAAGUGAAUUUGAAAAAAGCUUUUAAUCAUCAUUAUUAGCCUUUUCUUGGAUAAUGUACAACUAACAUGCAACUAGGGAAAUAUUCCCAAUGUUUAUUCUUAUAAACCUUGUACAACCUUGGUCAACUUUGUCUUUAAAUGUGCUUAUAAAUA